UUGUUCCGCACGCGUUUGGUGAAUCGAGACGGCGUAGAGCAGUGCAUUUUGAUCAGUGAAUUAAUCGCUGAAUUCUUGCGUUUGGUGUUGUAAUUGGCUAUUGAACGGGAAAUUAACUGCAAGAAGAUGGUUGUGAAACCGGGUAUGACCGCGACAAAGCCGCAGGGACAGGCUUACAAGGAUAAAAGCAAACCGGCUGACAUCCGUCUGAGCAACAUCAAUGCGGCCAAAGCCGUUUCGGAUGCUAUUCGCACCAGCUUGGGACCGCGCGGUAUGGACAAGAUGAUCCAGGCAUCGAACGGUGAAGUUACCAUUACAAACGAUGGAGCAACGAUCUUGAAACAGAUGAAUGUCAUUCAUCCGGCGGCCAAGAUGUUGGUGGAACUGUCCCGUGCACAAGAUGUGGAAGCCGGAGACGGUACGACGUCGGUUGUCGUUGUGGCGGGUGCCUUGUUGGAAGCGGUGGAAAAGCUGCUGCAGAUGGGCAUCCAUCCGACAGCGAUCUCGGAAGCGUUCCAGCGAUGUUCCGCUAAGGCGGUGGAAAUUUUGACCGAAAUGUCGCGUCCAGUUGAAUUGAACGACCGCGAAUCACUGAUCAAGAGUGCAUCCACUUCGUUGAAUUCGAAGGUUGUCUCGCAGCACAGCAGCAUGUUGGCACCGAUUGCGGUCGAUGCUGUGCUGAAGGUGACUGAAUCACACGCUCAAGGAUCGGUAGAUUUGAAGAACGUCAAAAUCAUCCGCAGCCUCGGUGGCACCAUUGAGGAUACGGAGCUGAUUGAUGGGCUCGUGUUCACACAACGUUCGUCGGGUAUUAAUGGGCCGAAACGUGUGGAAAAGGCAAAGAUUGGGUUGAUUCAGUUCUGUAUCUCAGCACCUAAGACAGAUAUGGAUCAUAGCGUGGUUGUGUCGGACUAUGCUGCAAUGGAUCGCGUAUUGAAGGAGGAACGAGCGUACAUCCUGAACAUUGUAAAGCAAAUCAAAAAGUCUGGCUGUAAUGUGCUGCUGGUACAGAAAUCGAUUCUACGCGAUGCCAUUUCGGAUUUGGCCCAACAUUUCUUAGACAAGAUUAAGGUCAUGGUUGUAAAGGAUAUCGAGCGAGAGCACAUUGAGUUUGUCUGCAAAACGCUGCGUUGUCGACCGAUCGCUUCGCUCGAUCAUUUCGUCGCAGAGAACUUGGUGAACGCCGAUUUGGUUGAGGAAGUGGCCAGUGGAUCGACUAAGUUUGUAAAAGUGACAGGUAUCCAGAACAUGGGACAAACCGUGUCGAUUGUUGUGCGUGGAUCGAACAAACUGGUUCUAGAGGAGGCGGAUCGUUCCCUUCACGAUGCACUGUGUGUGGUGCGUUGUUUGGUGAAAAAGCGUGCCCUGAUCGCCGGUGGAGGAGCGCCUGAGAUUGAGAUGGCUCUACAGUUGGCAGCCUAUGCUCAAACGCUACAGGGCGUCGAUGCGUACUGUUUCCGUGCAUUUGCGAACGCACUCGAAGUGAUUCCUUCGACGUUAGCCGAAAAUGCUGGACUGAAUCCAAUUGCUACCGUAACGGAGCUGCGCAAUCGUCACGCACAGGGUGAGAAGAAUGCAGGCAUUAAUGUGCGCAAGGGUGCCAUUACAGACAUCCUGGCCGAGAACGUCGUACAGCCACUGCUGGUGUCCAUCUCGUCGAUAACGCUUGCAUCCGAGACGGUGCGUUCGAUCCUGAAGAUAGAUGACAUCGUGAACACCAUGCAAUAAGUGGAAUUAUCAUCGUGAUUAUCAGUUACACGUCAGGGCGCGGUCACUCCACCCGCAUCACUAACCAACGAAUGCGUUCAUUCUUAACCUCACCCAACACGCAUUUCUGAACACCUUAUUACACACGCUUGUUAAGUCGCCUUGCUGAACAAUUUCCUUUCGGAUACGAUUCGGAAUCAUUUAAAAUACCUACACACACAUUAAUCGUUUGUUUGUAAUGUUCGUAUUCGCAUCUUUCUCUUAAUAAACAAAACACUUAAAGUAAAACCAGCGUUUGGGGAUCACUUCU